GUGUCGUCAUCAGCCAGCGCCGAGGUAGACGCUGAAGGUGGAGGAAUUGCUUGUGCUGAACAUGGAUUCACAGAAGGAUGUUCAGCCUCCAAAGCAGCAACCAAUGAUUUACAUUUGUGGAGAAUGUCAUACAGAAAAUGAAAUAAAGGCAAGAGAUCCUAUCAGAUGCAGAGAAUGUGGCUACAGAAUAAUGUACAAGAAAAGGACAAAAAGAUUGGUGGUUUUUGAUGCCCGAUAAUGUCUGCCAGAGAUACAGUGACUGCAUGAUGCAUCUUAGUCUUUCUGAUAACUUUGCUUUUUAAAUCCAUUUGUGUACAAAUGCAGUUUUAUUUGUGUUUUAAGCUAUUAACCAUUCUAUGGUUCUGUAAUUAAAGUUUACUUUGAAAUUAAA